AUGGCAUUAGAAAUCGGAAAGCGACUAAGGAUUAAUCAAGACAUUGAAGAUUUUAAAUGCAAGCGGACGCUUAAAGUCGAGACUUCGCACAGUAGUAUAAUUGAGUUUGGUAGCCAAUCUCUCAAUGAAAAUUUAAUUAGGCUAUACGCCCUUUUUCCUCUUAAAGGCCGUGAAGAACUGGUUUCAGCUCUUGAGGCGACUUACAACAAUUUAGAUUCCAGCAUCAGCCUUCUUCAAAAAAAAGACAGAGACAAAGCUAUAGAUGAGUGCACAUAUGCAUAUGCUGCAAGCCUCAUCCAAGAUCUUAAAAGUGUCACUUCAAUUGAAGAUGCUUCGAGAAUCGCUCAAAAUUACAUGAAAAAGCACACAAGCCAGACUUCAGAUAUUUCUUCCUCAGCAAUGAGCAGUGAAAACAAAGACCUUGAGAAACAAAUAUCAGCUCUUAAUAAUGACAUAAAAAUGCUCAAAAAAGCAGUUUUACAGCUGCAUAGGAGACUUUUAGAAAAAAAAGCGAGUGAAGAUGAGUAUUUUUGAAUGGGUUAUUUGCUUGUAUAUUUUAAUUUGUAAAAUCCUUUUACGCAUUCUUUAGCUAAAUACCAUCAUGCUAAAUAAUUUUUAAUAUGCCAAGACAUAUAAAAAAAUAACUAAUGGGCUAUAUGAAGUUUUGUAUGAACAGUUGAAACAAGAAAGAUAUAAAAAUUAUGCAUUGAGGUCUCAAGUAUAUCAAAGUUUGAAAGACUUUAAUCAAUAA